AAAUCCACAUAAACUAAACAAUUUCUUUAGCCACUUCCAUGGCAGACCAACCCCAAUUCUUUCAUCUCUAAAAUCCCUUGUUUGUCUUCUCCUCUCAUUCUUCCAUUAUCGGAUCAUGAACACCACAUCGGCUUCGUAUGAAGACGGACCUAGGAUCCAAAAGCAUCGGUAGCUUCGGGUAUGUCAUAGGAGUGUCAGUUGGAAUCCUCCUCCUCGUCACCACCAUCACUUUGGCAUCCUAUUUCUGCACCAGGACUCAACCGUCGCAGGAGGCGCGGCCGAGAAGGACUAGACAAGAGCCUAAUAUCGAUCCUGAUAGCUUCGUCGUCCACGUAGGCCUCGACGAGGAUACUAUAAAGAGCUACCCGAAGCUGCUUUACUCGGAGGCCAAGCUCCAAAAGAAUGAUUCUACAGCCUCAUGUUGUUCCAUAUGCUUGGCGGAUUACAAAAGCAGUGACAUGCUGAGGUUGUUGCCUGACUGCAACCAUCUAUUCCAUGUCAAGUGUGUUGACCCUUGGCUGCGGUUGAACCCGACAUGCCCGGUUUGCCGGACAUCUCCAAUCCCAACACCCUUGUCCACGCCACUUGCGGAGGUGGUUCCGUUGUCGAGCAGACAAGGCGGUUGAUGUCAAUAGGAGUGUUAGUUCUGCAUUUCCUCAAUUCCUCAUCGUUAUUCACUCAAACGUAAAAUUGUUACAAGGCAAGA